AUGGACCCCAACCUUCUCAGACACCUCGAGUACUUCCUCGAACCCAACAGCCAAGUAAGGUUUUCCUGCCAUCUGCCAUAUGAACAGCCUCGCUCCAGCUCCUCGGCCCAAAACUUCUGGGACACAACUGGCCUCAAUGUCGAGUCGGCCCUCGGCUCGCCGUCUUCUGUCCCUACCAGCCUGUCCUUUGACUCGUUCGGACAGACUGCGACGCCUGCGACGGGCAGGCCCCAGCAGUCAAGGUCCCAGCAGGCUGGCGGUCAGGGAACAAGAGUUAUACUUCCCCCUCGAGCACCGAAGCCCAAGUCCGGCCAUGAACGCAAGCGGACAAAGCUUAGCACCGAGUCGACACCCUUCGACAACGUUGACUAUUGGAUUCAGUUCGACAAUGAGGAGGGCGUGGCCGGCGAAGGCGCCAGCUCGGAGCUCAAUCACCAGAAGGGCAAGGACGCGCAGCAUUUAUCGGCACAGCAGCAGCAGCAGCAGCAGCAGCAAUCACAGCAACCAAAGAGACCAAAGCUGCAACAUUCACAUACCUCACCUUCCACAAUAGCUACCACUCGGGAUAGCCAACAGUGGAGGCCGAGCAGUUCCAGGCCGCUGCACCGAUCACUACGGCCCGAAGAUAUGCUGGAUGACGACGCGCUGGAUUACGCAUUAUCCGAGGAGGGCGACAUGACCGCAGAGGAUUUUGGCUCUAUGAACUUGGCCGACCACAUGUCCAAAAUUGACAAUAUGCCACCGCCCGAGGUUCCGCCACGGGAAGGACUGUAUUCAACACCACUGAGUUGGGAAAAGCCCCAACCAGGGCUACGUCUUGACUCGCUCAUGAGCAUGCAAAACCCGCAGCAACUGAGCGAGGACGAACAACGCCGUCUCAUCGCCAUAGCGAUGAAUACCGGCCCAGUCAUGGGCGGGCUGGGGUCGGGCCAAUUUGGCCAGGCAAGCGGAUCCAGGGGUUACGUUGCAGGAGGAGGACUCCAUGCGUCCCUGGGGCAAAAUUUUAAUAUCGGUGGCGGCCUAGGAGACGACGCGCCCCUGUUGCGUCCGGAGACGCCCGCCGUAGCGAAACCACCUCAGCCACGACUUUCCCGAUCAACUACCGAGAAGAGCGAGGGGAAAGGGAAAGGGAAGGAGAAAGAGGGCGAUGAUGAUAACAAGUCAAAAGGCAAAUCGGGAGACCGCACGGCGCACAACGACAUUGAGAGAAAGUAUCGGACAAACUUGAAGGACAAGAUCUCGGAGCUGCGAGAUGCGGUCCCGGCCCUCAGGACGAUUCAGGAAGGCGUUGUUGAUGAAGGCGAGGACAACACUCCAGGCAACCGGCCUAAAGUGAGCAAGGGUACUGUUCUCACCAAAGCUACGGAAUACAUUAGCUAUCUCGAAAAGAAGAACCGGGCGAUUAUGGCACAACACCAACAGCUCUCACGGCGACUGGCGGCCUUCGAGCAGUUGCUCAGCCAAACAGCGCGGCCAUCAUUCCAAAUGCCGAAUUAUAGCAGAACGCUGUUUGACCCUCGAGCAUUCUGUUAG